AUGAAUUAAAGAAAGGGUCCGAAGUUUUUAAUAACUCUAUUCGAAAUACUCGAAGUAGUUAAUUUAAUGAGACAAAGGGCGAAGAAAACAUAAAUGUAAUUAGAUGGAACAAUGAAGGCGAUGCCUUUGAAAUUGUAAAUGCGGAUUUAUUAGUCAAUUCCAUUUUGAGUGUACAUUACAAAUAAUCAAACUUCUUUAGCUUUGUGAGGUAUUCCCAUCCAAGUAUAAUCAUUAGACAAUUGAAUCAAUAUGGAUUUAAUAAAUAAAAGAUUGACAAGAAUUCCUACUCCUUUCGACACAAAUAUUUUCUAAAAGAUUAAAAGUACACCACUAAACGAUAUUUAUUAGAUAACUAAUAGCAAAAAUAGUGAGUUCUCACAAAUAAAAGAUUUUGGAAUUUAAAAGGGAACAGAGAGAGAAUGUGUUCAAUGAUGAUGAACAAAAUUUGUAAACUAAGACUAUAUAGGAAUUGUAAUAAAAUCAACAUAAGAUCUUCAGUUAAUUUAAGGAAUAAAUGAAUAACCAAAUGCAAUUAAAAUAAUUGAUCCUCCACUUGAAAAAUGUAUAAAAUAAGUAUUUUAUCAGAAAAUUGCUGAGUUCAACUUUUAGACUGAGUAGUAGUGUUUCGUAGCUUAGACUCUUUUAAUUAAAGUAAUUAAAACGAUACCGAAUGACGAACAAUACUAAUGUGAAACUGAAUUAUUAAAAAAGGUGCUGUAAGAAUUCUCUAACAUUUAUUUGGAAUUUUAUGGGUACAAUUAAAGUCAAAGGAGUCCCAACCUAUCCAUUUUAUCACUCACUCCAGCUCCCUUUCAGAUGAACGAAUAGCAAAGAAGAAGUUUGGGUUUAGUUGAUACGAACAAAGUGCAUAUCAACGAAUAAAUACAACAAUACUUGAGCUGGGUGAAGGAAUCAUAUGAAAGGGCAAUCACAAGAAAUGCUAUUUGAAC